ACAAGGCACCCAUAAAGGUAUUGUUCAGUUUUUGAUAAUGAAGCUAAAUAAAUAACACUUUAGUACUGUCUCUCCGUCCCUUCAUUCCUUUUUUUCCCUCCCCUACCUUCCCAUAGGCCCCAAACAAGAGCUAUAAAUAUGUAUAGGUGGACUCUCCUUCCUUUGUUGGAAUUGGCCCUGUUUAUUGUACUGAAUUUGGAAUAGAAACCAAUCAGUAAACUCUUAUUUGGUUAUUUUGAGAACAUCUUCAUAUUUUCAAAAGUGACUUACUAUGAGGCCGAUAGGUGGAUGAAAGAUGCUCAGUUUUUAUUUUCCUGGAAAUCAGAGAAAUGUAAAAUAAAACAAGUACAAGGGACCACCCAUCCAUUUAAAAGAACAAAAAUGAUAAAAGCCAACAUUGGCGGAGUUAUGAAGAGACAGUCAUAUUCCUGGUGACACUGUAGGUUAGUUCAAUCAUUUGUGUGGCAAAGACCAUAAAAAUGAGUGUAUUCACCUAGUUUUACUCCCAAAGCGUAUCUCCAAAAUUAAGAAAAAACUAUGUGUAUGAAUUCCUAUUAGAUGUGAUGUAAGAGAUUUAAAAAAGGAAGAAAGCAUAAGCUUCAUAUCCAACAGUUGGGAGCUAGCGAAGCAAAUUAUUAUAUCAGUAUAAUGAUGGACUGUUAUAUUGCAACUACACAUCAUUAGUGUGUGUACUUUACGGAUUCAGGGAAUAGUAGAUAUGAAAUAAGUGGGGGAAAACCUUCAAAUGAUGAGAAUAUUGCUAACUAAAAAAUAGUUUAUGUAAGGAAAAAAAAGUAAAAUUUAUUAAGAUUAUACAGAUAGUUGGUAUUUCACUGCAAUUUUGGUUGAAUGUAUAUUUAAAGAAAAAAAUUUUUUCCCACCGCACGUGUAGACUUUUCUUAGUUUGUAGUGUUCACCCUUUUGGGUCUAAGUAUCUAAUGAAGAUUUUGAGUUUGUGUUGAUGGGCCACACAUAAUGUAUAAACUCUCUUCUUUGUCCUCAAGAGCCUGAAAUAAAGGACAAGCUUGUCUUGAAUUCUCACAUAUUUUGCCCCUCAUUUAAACAGUUAACAGGUGCUAUUAAAAUCUCCCACAGGGCAGAAAUCUCAAUUGCACAAUAGACUUGGAAACCAGGUUUCAUCAAAGGGAGCCCAGAGGCAGGGUGGCCUUGGAGGCUAGCACUCAGUGUGGACAGCUAGAGAGCAAGAGGAGGCUGCCUUGAUGGCCAGAAAGAGCGAUAGGAGGAACUCCGAGGAGUGAUUGCCCGCACCCUCUAGAGCGCUUGGACCCCUCCUUCACCGCUCUGAGAAAGGUCUUCUGCUUGGACUUUCCCAGGGGUGGGGAACACAUUGUCUCCCAGAGCAGUCUGUUCUAUUGGACAACUUCUGAUAAAGGCUCUUCCUUAUGUCUAGCCACAGGCCUGCCUCCCUCUACUUCCCACCUCCUGACCCUCUUUCUGACUCAUCUUUGAGGUCCCACAGGACAAGUGUUACCCAUAGGACAGCUUUUGGAAGCAGUUUUUAUACCUCCCAAGUUGCUAGUUCUCCAGGUUGAACUUUCUCAUUGCUUCUAGUCGUUCCUCAUUUAGGUGUUUUCCACUCCCUCCUCCUAUUGGUGGUGAGCCCUCACUAUACCACAGUUUAGCAUUGUUUAUAGUGUACUGCCUGGAACAGAAUAUCGUGCGUGCAUGGCAAAAACAGUGCUGUCGACUACCGGGGGUUCUCUCUCAUCCUAGAGCAACCUAGAAUUAGCUUAUUUGGCAUCUGUUAUUAAAUCGUUGACUUCUGUUGAGCUGAUCAUCACCUAAAACCCGUAAAUAGUGUUAAUUUUUUCUUUUCAGCAUGCAUGCAGUGGCCAAGCCACAUCUCCCACGUCCUGUGGUUGUUUCUCAGACUUCAGAUCUAUAGAUUUCAGCUUCUUUUUUUGAGCAGUUUCUUACCAAUAUUGUGCUGUGGGUAACUUCAGUUUUUAUAUACAACAUAAAGACACCUCUUUGCAGUAUUUGAAAUAAAUUGAGCAUCUGUGCCAAGUAAUCAAUAGAGUAGUUUCCUGGUUGUUGGGGAGGAGUAGGGGGAUUUGUCAGUCCCCGUAUUCUGUCCCUUCUCCCUCAGUAAUAUGCAUGAGUCACCUGGAUGGCUCUAUUCCUCAGACACUUGGUAUGUUGGAAAAGAAAUUCUCUUCUGUUUGCAUAAAUAAUUAGUUGAUUUUUGGAAUACUGGAGCUAGAGAGAAGCUGACAGAUCUUUCAGUUCACUGCCCUCUACCCCUUUCUGCACAUUUGGGAUAAAAGAAUUGUUCCAAGUUAGUAAGGAAACUGGCGAGAGAGGCAGGCUUAGAACCCAGGCCUUCUGCCAUACGUAGAACCUGACCUAUUAGCUCUUGCCUAAAUAGCAGCUUUCAACUGUCAUGUUAAGAUAUUUUAUAGAUUUUCUCCCCCUGAUCCUCUUAUGAGUUUAAUUGCCCUAGAACUAGAAGACUUCUUUGAAUCCCUCUGGCAUGUGAGUCAAUGAUGCCCUCUUAGGUAUUUAACAAAGUCGCCCUAGUGGUGAAACUGGGCAGGAUCCUCUGGGAGACUUCCACAGCCCUUACUGGCUUUCUGCCAGGCGCUUUCCUUGUGGGAUUAUGUGGGUCCUCUCUCCAUUACACUCGGGAGAAAAUGAGAUCACCCUGGAUCGCUUAGGUGCCAGAGUAGGGCCAGUUUCCGAAGAGUCCCCUGGGACUUGACCUGUGGGAACACUCAGCACAGAGCUGUCCUCUGGCAGCUAGUGUUGGGGGCUGGCAAGAUGGUAUUGUGAUGCCCGUCAUUCCUGUCUCCUUACCAGGUAUCUGAGACAGCACGUCAGGCUCCCGGGCUUAGGCUGGGGAAGAGCCCGGUCACAGGGAGGCAGCUACCAUGUCCACGCAGAGACUUCGGAACGAGGAUUACAAUGACUACAGCUCCACGGACGUGAGCCCAGAGGAGAGCCCAUCCGAAGGCCUAAACAACUUCUCUUCCCCUGGCUCUUACCAGCGGUUUGGGGAAAGCAACAGCACAACAUGGUUCCAGACUUUGGUCCACUUGCUAAAAGGCAACAUUGGCACCGGCCUCCUGGGGCUGCCUCUGGCAGUGAAGAAUGCAGGCAUCUUGAUGGGUCCCCUCAGCCUGCUGGUGAUAGGCAUCGUGGCUGUGCACUGCAUGGGUAUCCUGGUGAAAUGUGCUCACCACUUCUGCCGCAGACUGAACAAGCCCUUUGUGGACUAUGGGGACACAGUGAUGUACGGACUGGAAUCCAGCCCCAGCUCCUGGCUCCGGAACCACGCGCACUGGGGAAGGCACCUGGUGGACUUCUUCCUGAUUGUCACGCAGCUGGGGUUCUGCUGUGUCUACUUUGUCUUUCUGGCUGACAACUUUAAACAGGUGAUCGAAGCGGCCAAUGGGACCACCAACAACUGCCACAACAAUGAGACUGUGAUUCUGACGCCCACCAUGGACUCCCGACUCUACAUGCUCACCUUCCUGCCCUUCCUGGUGCUGCUGGUUUUUGUCAGGAACCUCCGAGCCCUGUCCAUCUUCUCUCUGUUGGCCAACAUCACCAUGCUGGUUAGCCUGGUUAUGCUCUACCAGUUCAUUGUCCAGAAUAUCCCAGACCCCAGCCGCCUCCCCUUGGUGGCUCCCUGGAAGACCUACCCUUUGUUCUUUGGCACGGCCAUUUUUGCAUUUGAAGGCAUUGGGAUGGUUCUGCCCCUUGAAAACAAAAUGAAGGAUCCUCAGAAAUUUCCGGUCAUCCUGUACGUGGGAAUGGCCAUCAUCACCGCCCUGUACAUCAGUCUGGGGUGCCUGGGGUACCUGCAGUUUGGAGCUAACAUCCAAGGCAGCAUAACCCUCAACCUGCCCAAUUGUUGGCUGUACCAGUCGGUCAAGCUGCUCUACUCCAUUGGCAUCUUCUUCACCUACGCCCUCCAGUUCUACGUCCCGGCCGAGAUCAUCAUCCCCUUCUUCGUGUCCCGCGUGCCUGAGCACUGCGAGCUGGUGGUAGACCUGUUCGUGCGCACUGUGCUGGUCUGCCUGACAUGCGUCUUGGCCAUCCUCAUCCCCCGCCUGGACCUGGUCAUCUCCCUGGUGGGGUCCGUGAGCAGCAGCGCCCUGGCCCUCAUCAUCCCGCCCCUUCUGGAGAUCACCACCUACUACUCGGAGGGCAUGAGCCCCAUCACCAUCGCCAAGGACGCCCUGAUCAGCAUCCUGGGCUUCGUGGGCUUUGUGGUGGGGACGUAUGAGGCCCUCUACGAGCUGAUCCAGCCAAGCAGUGCUCCUGUCUUCAUCAACUCCACCAGUGCCUUUGUAUAGCGAUCUGCCCGCCCCGCCCCUGUGUGUUCCCCAGCCCCUGGCCCCAGAGCCUCAGAUAGGGUCUGGGCUCUGGGGAAAGGCGAGGUUGCUGUCCAGGAGCCCCUCUACCUGGCAGCUGGGUGCCCUGGGCCAGGUAGGGCUGGGGGCACAGGAGAGAGUGGGUAGCAGAUAUGCAGAGGCCCCUCUUAGUGGCAGGGCCACCCCUGUUCAUUUGUACUUACAUUAACCCAGAACUUUGCAACUCUUUUCCCUCAUCCUGUCUCCUCCCUUACCUGCCUCCCUCCUUCUGACCCACCUCACCCAAUUAUUCCUGUUGCACAGCUCACUUUAUUUAAAAAUCUUAGCAUCCCCCACCUCCUGUUUUCUCCUUUCUAGGCCCAGGCCUGGAUUAAAUGAGUGGGAAGGCUGGGCCUCUCUCUUUCUCAUACCUCUCCCAGAUAUUUUACCUCAGUUUCCUCCAACCUGUUCAAGUCUCCAGGAGGUGCCUGGACCUACCUAGUAGUUAAAAACCAGCCUUCCAGAGCUGGAGCUUUUAAUCUUUACUCUCUCUGCCUGUGACCCUUGGCAACACCUCCUCCAAAUUCCUCGUGUGGGUCACAGUGUUGUAUUCUUAGAUGCUUUAGCUUCCGAAAGAUAUCAAGUCCUGCCUAAAUUGAAAAUAUUUAUAUUUUAUUUAAAAUUAGCUUCUGUUUUUAGAUUGUCUCUAGAUCUGGGGUUAUUGUGGAUUGUUUCUUCCUCAGUAAGCUUUUACUAGGUUUCUCCUGCUGAAAAGAAACUUGCUCUAGGAAAUGUGUGCUGAGGUCCUCAGCACCCUUGUCUGAGUACCCCAGAGGUUUUAAUCAGGAUCAUUUUCACGUGUACCUCUGUGGGGAGGUAUGGACUUUGCCUCCCACUGACCAGCCUGGUUUCAUAUUGAGAAGACACGCAGGACUCAGGAUAUGUUUGCCAGUGCACUGGGCCGAGGAAGGAUGGCCGAGUGGGAUGUGCUGCUUUCCGCAGGAGGCUUAUACAAUGGUCGCGUUGUGCGCUGAGGCCUGUUUUUCAGCCUCGGCCCCCGACGGGCACAUGGCACGCUAGCGUUCAGUUGCCAGCACGUCGGGAGGACACCCACACUUCGCCGUGGAUGAGAAGACGGGGCCAGUGAGCACAGAGCGUGAAGUUCAGUUCACAGAAUUAAGAAGCAGCUGGUCUGACACUACACGUGGUGCUUGGUUGUUUACAAUCAACGGGGGACAGGCGGGAAGCAGCUCCCCACCCCCGGGCUGCCUCCACGACCUGGACUUCUUCUAAAGGGAACCACUCGGUAGGGACUUCGGUCCCGUAUGUUUUAAACACUAAUCGUGACCCCGUCCCUCCCCCUGCAUGCCUCCCUGAGUGUCAGAAAUAGCCUCGGUGUUGGCUCACCUCAAGGCCAGCCUUCAGAUUUGGGAACAAACUGUGGAGAAAGCAGAGAAAGGUUCGUGGCCUUGCUUUUGGCUGCCUUUUCUCCCCCCUGUUGGUGUGAGAAGUAUUUCAGAAGGCAUUCAUUAAGUCUCUAUCCCCUGAGCUGUGUGUGUGUGUGUGUGUGUGUGUGUGUGUGUGUGUGUUCAUGUGUGUGCAAUAGGGUCCUGCUGUCCUCCUCUCCUGUCACCAGGCCGUUUCUGACCUGGAGACACAGUUCGCCCUGAAAGUUGGAGAGCAUCGUAGCUUCAUCAGGGUCCUGUUUGUUUGUGUUUCCCCAAAGCUUUUAAGGGCUCUGACCGCCCCCGCCCCCGCCCCCAGCCUGGCUUUUUCUCUCUCUUCUGUUCCAAAGCCAAAUUCUCAUUGCAAUGACUCCCAGCCUACUAAUAAUUUAUGAACUUUAGGGAGAUGGGAUCACUUGUGACUUGGUCUCCCUUAGGAGAAUGACGGUUUUCACCCACCCUUUCUGUGGUCACCAGUAGGUGCUUAUGGGACUCAGAUUCUAGCUGAAGGGGGCAGCGGCCCUGCCCUGUGAAACCUCAGGCGCAGAAGGUACCAAAGUGGGUUCAAGAGUUGCGCUCAUCUGUUUGCAAGCCCUGGGCUCCAGCCGUCUUUCCACGGCAGUCCUGAGAGUUGUUUUCAGUGAGAAGGCACAUGCCAGAAGAAGGGAAUCAGAUGUGUGUCCUGCCCACAGCCUCUGUGCUGGAGGCCUCUGUAACUCAGGGAGCUGCUAGAGGCCAUCCUGUCCGGUGGGUAGCAAGACUUGACCUGAGGACUGGGUGGCACAAAACAGUGGUCCUCUGGUCCCAGGUCUUAGCAAAAUGCAGACUACUGUUUCAGGGUCCCUGGCCUAGAAAACGUGUGUGGGAGAGAUGGCACCACUAGCUUUGGGGCUUCUGGAAGCUAAUUUGGCACAGCCUUGUCCCCGUUUGAUCUUUUUCCUGUGCUCCUGCUGCUUCAGAAGAGCCAGGCAAGGGGGGCCCUGUCCAUGGGCCUUUCCGGUUGUGAGGUUGUCAAGUAAAGGGUCAGCCAGAAGAUGGAGGGUAGGGGGAAGCAGCCCUCUGGGCCAGCUCAGGAUAGCUUGCUCUUCUGCCCACGAGGCUUCUGCAGUCAGGGGGCCUUCCCUUUCUAUCCAUGGCUCAUCAGGAACCAGCUGCCCAGCCUCUCCCUGUGCCCUGCUCUGGCCCCUGGUGAAGCAGGCCCAGCAUACACAGAAGUCUGAUUAGGGGCAACGAGGCUCUCGAGUGUGAGGCUGCAUCUGCCGGGCCAAAGGCAAACCGUGGGAUUCUCAGGCCGAUACUGUUAGGCUCUGUGCCCCUCCCCCAGCCACCCCAAGUGCAGCCUCAGAUUUCCAGUAACCCCGAGGUGGCUUCUCAGAGACCCUUGUUUUGUUUUUGUUUUUGUUUUUGUUUGCAAACACUGCUCUUGGCAGGUUUCCAACUCUCUGUCAGCAGCGUACCUCCCCUCAAAUGGCUGGGAAGAGCAUGAUGUGUCAUCUUGUGUGUAGUUUUCUGGAAGUUGUCAGCAUUCACAAGUGUCAUUAUUUGUAUAUUGUGCUGCUGUCUGGCUGCUAGGAGCCCUUCGUCUGCACAAACCCGGGCCAGAUGCAUAUGAAUGUGUGGCGUAUCUUAGCUCAGAACCUGCAGCUUCCGCCCUCCCUCUCUGCCACUCACCUCUCUGGCCGGAUUCAUUGGCUGGUGCUCACUGCUCACUCUACCCCCAUGAAAGGUACAAGCUGCAGUUUAUUCACUUGUCUUCAAGUGAUGAUCCCAGAAAGGAACAUGGGGAAAUCUUCCCUCCGUCCCCAUUCUCCUGGCUUACUUUUUUCUUCCCAAACGUCUCCCUUCCUGAAUUGUAGAAUAUCUACUCUGUAUAACACUACGUAUUCACCUCAUGUUUUUUGGAAGUGCAAAAUCUCAAUUUGUGUCUGUUUACAGCUCUCUCUAUUCACUGCUCACAGCAAAGGGGUCUGUAUCAGUGGCUUGUAUUUCGCAGCCGAUCAGAUGUUAAGGCGAGCCCCCAGCAUCGGCCCCGGUCAGAACCCGACGCCACUUCCUGACAGCGGAGACACAUGGUACAAGUCGCGUGACCUCGUGAUUAGGGAGUCGGCUCCAAGUCUGCCUUAGAAUUAAAUUUUCCAAAGUACAUUACAAAUCUCCAAGACCGUUAGGGGAAAAGGAGAGGGUGUGGCUUGUCUUUGAAAUCAUGGUCAAUACUUUUAGACAAUUUAAUUAGUCCUGCUGGUUGCAGGGCUGUUUGCUCCGACAGCAUCGGCUUGUGGUAUUUCUUCCCUGUUCUUUGUACCACCGGGUCAUUAUCUGGCCGGGGUAUGUAAGUGGUGCUGAUAUGUGGUCACCAGAACGGGGGUGCGGGGAAACGAGGGUUGAGGGUGCCUGCUGUAAGCCGUGUUCUUUUGUUGAAAUCAAGGCGAUGCUGGGGAAACUGUUUUUAGCGAAAAACGAAUUUAUGUGACUCUCUUGUAAACCAUGUCGAUGAAUGUGCAAAUAAGACGAAUAUGAAAAACUGCCAUCCAACAGGUGUUGGUAACCAGACGGUACCGUGUAUAUUAUACCGCGUAUGUGCCUACGUGGGUGUCAUUUCUCACAGGGUAUGUGUAGAGAGGUAGAUCAUGCAGGAGCUCACAGAAGAAUUUGUUUUGGGUUCUGCACUUGGAUCAUGUGUUAAACUUUUCCUUCCUCAAUAAAUGAAUUUUAUUUUUUAUUUUUGA